AUGUGGUUAGCAAGCAUAAAUCUAGAUGUAGAAAAGCAGAUUUUGCCGGAAGCACUUCCAGCACUCAUCCAAUACAUCUCAUCAAAGGAAGUGGAUGGCUUCGAUAGCGUUGAACUAAACAAAAUCUUGAAUGAGCAGCUUCAAGCAAGUGGUUCUCAACCUUACAGUUCAUCAGCGAUGCAGGGUAGUGAUACUGCUGCCUUCGAGAACCAAACUGAUGAAUCUCAAUCCAUCCACCAUCAAAGGAAGCAUUCUGUUUCCAUCAGUUUGCCAGCUUCUCCAAUUGCAGAAAGCUCAAAGGACACAAAAAAGGUCCUUUUCAAAGAUGAUGGCGAAAAAUUUUUUGUUUAUGGAAAUCCAGAUUCUUCUGCUGCAUCCAAAACUGUUGAUCCACCACCAAAGCAAGUUAAAUUCCACUCUCAACCGAUGCCAAACGGAAGUGCUGCAUUUGGGGUUGCAGUUGACAUUCCAAACCAUCCGAGCUUAAAAAAGUUGAAGGACAAUCGAUAUGAUUCUUUCAAAACAUGGUCUGGGAAACUUGAGAGGCAGAUAUCAAAUUUACGUGGGAGGCCACGGGAAGAUCCAACGGAGAAUACUGUUGGACCAAGAGCAGAGAAAGAUGCUUUACCUGUAGACCGAUACUUUGACGCAUUGGAAGGGCCUGAGUUGGAGACUCUUAGGCCUUCGGAACAAAUAGUGCUCCCAGAUGAUAUAACAUGGCCAUUUCUUCUCCGUUAUCCCAUCUCUUCAUUUGGUAUCUGUCUUGGGGUUAGCAGCCAAGCAAUAAUGUGGAAAACUCUGGCGACCUCUGACUCCACAAGUUUUCUCCACAUAAGCAUCGAUGUGAAUCUUGUCCUAUGGUGCAUCUCUGUUGCUCUUGUAGUCACCAUUGGUUCCAUAUACAUUCUGAAAAUGAUUCUCUACUUUGAAGCAGUUCGUCGUGAGUACUACCACCCAAUUCGAGUGAAUUUCUUUUUUGCACCAUGGAUAGCUCUCCUGUUCUUAGCUAUUGGAGUGCCACCUUCACUUGCCAAAGACCUGCAUAAAGCACUUUGGUAUGUGCUCAUGACUCCGUUCCUCAUUCUCGAGCUUAAGAUAUAUGGCCAGUGGAUGUCAGGAGGACAGAGAAGGCUUUCGAAGGUGGCAAACCCUACAAAUCAUCUCUCGAUUGUUGGGAACUUUGUGGGGGCACUGUUGGGUGCGUCAAUGGGGUUAAAAGAAGGGCCUAUAUUCUUCUUUGCAGUCGGUUUGGCUCACUAUACAGUCCUAUUUGUAACUCUGUACCAGAGACUUCCGACGAAUGAGACACUCCCUAAGGAGCUCCAUCCAGUGUUCUUUCUGUUUGUUGCAGCUCCAAGUGUUGCUUCUAUGGCAUGGGCAAAAAUUCAAGGUUCAUUUGAUCAUGGAUCACGGAUCGCUUACUUCAUUGCCUUGUUCCUUUAUUUCUCACUGGCAGUCCGUGUUAAUUUUUUCCGAGGAUUCAAGUUCUCAUUGUCAUGGUGGGCAUACACUUUCCCUAUGACAGGCGCUGCCAUUGCGACCAUCAGGUACUCAAAUGAAGUAACAAACGUGGUCACCCAAGUUCUUGCUGUCACGCUCUCUUCCGUUUCCACACUCACAGUAACGGGUCUGCUUGUAUCGACAAUACUGCAUGCGUUCGUGCUUCGAGACCUCUUCCCUAAUGACAUUGCCAUCGCUAUUAGCGACAGGAAACCAAGACAUCAUCAUCAUCCUAGGAAGUGGUUCCAUUUAAGACGUGGAAGCUCGGACGAAAAUGAGAUUGAACAUUACUUGAAAUUCGCAAACUCUGAUGGAAAGGAUAUAGAAUCUUCUCUAGACCCUACCACUUCAGAUAGCAGUCAUUAA